AUGACAGGAAAUUGUAAAUUCAUUUCAUCCGUGGAUGGUACUCAUAAACCAACUUUAACCCCAGGAUAUUGGAUUUCUAAUUCGAGAAACCCUGUUCAAUUUAUGCAAGCCACAAAAGCUAUCGAAGAUCAUAUCCGGGAGGAUGUCUCUGGUCGACCGUACAUCUUCCUCGAAGUCGGUCCACAUCCGAUCCUUUCAGGCUUACUUCAUUCAAACUUGUCGUUUGCUCCUCAAUGUAUCAGGUCCAUGAGGAGAGGUGGUGAAGAGCUGGAAGUGUUCCUACAAGCUCUUGGUGACUUGUUUGUUCGAGGCAUUUCAGUCGACUUUGCAAAGUUUCAUGAAAUUCACAACACCAAGAAAGUUUCCCUCCCAUUCUAUCCUUUCCAGAGGAAGUCCUUUUGGUUCCCUUUCAAAUCUGAAGCUGAUUAUUCCUCGGCUGCAAUGAAGGACAUGUUGCACCCUCUUGUAGGUAGACUGUUAGCACAACCUCAGACUUCGGAAAUGAAUGUAAAGAGAUACGAAAAUAUUAUAUCGGUUGAGUCCAACGAAUGGAUAGGGGAUCAUCGUAUCGGUCAGUUUACAAUAAUUCCAGCCGCGGGGUUUCUAGAGAUGACUUUGGCGUCGCGUUACCUAGCACUAGACAGCGACAGGCGAAAUUUGGACCAUUUCACAAUUGAAAACUUUAGUGUCGUCAACCCCGGCCUUGUUACAGCAAAGGCAACAACUUAUCACACCGUCUUGGAGGGCAAUCUGGUUAAAAUUUUCAGCCUUGUUGGUACGGAUAUAUGGAUACAACAUUCUGAAGGCACAAUUUCCGAAUCUUGGUCGCAGAAUUUAAAUGGUGCGAAGGAUCUCUUUCCACGAUCUGAAAACAACGAUACACCGUCAGCAGUCUCAAUGGAGGAGCAAUAUAAAAGCUUUGACACAGAAGGAUAUCAUCUUGGACCAGCCUUUAUAAGCAUUACGACUCGAUGGGCUGAUGAGAAAUUAAACGAGUAUGCAGAGUGCAAACUUGACCAAAUUCAUGUCGAUGGGAAAUUCAUAGUGUAUCCAAUAGUGUUAGACAGUAUGUUGCAGUUUGCUAUAAUGUGCGUGAGAAACAAAUCAUCCUUCGAGGGUACAAUUUUACUUCCUGUCGCAAUUCGACGUCUAACUGUUUACAAUAUGAAACACAUUAACGAACAAACUGAUUCGCCUUUACAAUUCUACCUUAAAAGAUGUCAUGAAACUCAAGCAAUACAUUUAUACAAUUCAACCGGCAAAGCGUUAGCGUCAAUGGAAGGAAUUGACCUUCUUCCAACAAGAUUGACCAGUUUAGACGAAAAACUAAAUUCUCGCCUUAAUCGGAUAAGACGGUGCCCAUUAUUUGAAUUGGGGUGGCGUAAAGAUUCGAUUCUCAGCUUAUUUGGAGCAACUGUUACAUUAGUUGCAAUGGGACCAGAGAAUAGAAUGUCAACCGAAUAUAUUGAAACGAUGGGUGACAACAAAGAGGCGUUUAUGAAUAUUUUAUCACAUUUUCCUGUAACCGAGGGGAUAGUCUUUGCGUGGGGACUGAAAUCUGUGCUAGAGCAUUCAAUAAUUGAAAAAUGGUUUUACCUACUUCAAGCAAUCGCUUUAUCGUCGACGAAUUUAUCAAAAUUGCUGCUCCUAACAGAAGGGAUGCAAUUUGUCUCGAUUGAUGCUGAAAACUCAAAGAAAAAACCAAUCGCCAGUUUGCUUGUAGGAAUGUUCCGUUCAUUCAAAUCCGAGAAUACUACACUAGCUUGCAAAUUGAUUGAUCUAGAUUGCUUAAAUCACGAGAACAUUGAAAAUGUUAUUCGCGAAAUAUCUGAAAACCCAACCGCAGAAAGUGGCGGUAAUAUUAUUUGCUACAGAGGAGCAGUUCGGCUAACCCAACAAUUGAUGAAGCUAAAACCUUCUCACCUUCUUGAGCUACCACAAACGCCAACAUUUCGCCUACAGCUUCCCAGUUCGAAGCAGAUUUCAGAUCUAAAGUUUAUAGGCGUGAAUCCGGCUGAUGAUUUGAGGAAUACCGAAAUAGAAAUCAAAGUUAAAGCUUAUUCGUUGAACUUUCGUGAUGUCUUCGCAGUACUAAAACCAUCACAAACCUUUGACAAAAUCGAUAUUAUUGGAGCCGACUUUUCGGGAGUAAUUAGCCGAGCUGGAAAUGCCGCAUAUAAGUACCAAGUUGGGGAUAAGGUGUUUGGAUAUCAUAACCAAAACGUGGCGCUAUCUUCGCAUAUUAUCACCACUGAAAAAAUGGUGUCGAAGCCAAAGUUCUUAACCCAUGAAGAAGCGUCGACCUUACCAACUGUUGGCUUGACCGUAUAUCUAUGCCUUCACAUUGUGGCUAAGAUGAAGAAAGGCGAUACAAUCCUAAUCCAUGCAGCUUCAGGAGGGGUUGGAUUAGCAGCUGUACAAUUUGCGAAUGUAAUUGGAGCCAAUGUCAUAGCUACUGCGGGAAGUGCGAGAAAACGAGCGUACCUGAAGCACAUCAUUGGAAUAAAGCAUGUAUUCAACUCGAGGAACUUGUCAUUCGAAUCUGACGUAAAAGCUGCAACCAGUGGAGCUGGGGUCGAUGUCGUUCUUAACUCGUUAACAGGGCCGGGGGGAAGAUUUGUCGAAAUGAGUAAAAUCAACGUUUGGACAGAAGAAGACUGUUUAUCACUUCGACCGGAUGUCAAAUAUUCCAUUGAGGAUUUUACUUGGUCAGCCGAAAAUACAACACUAAUGUCCCACCUAGGAACCAUAGCAACGGAAAAAUUGCAGCCUUUACCAUACACUCGAUUCGAUUCUAAGGAAAUAGUGGAUGGAAUGCACUUCUUGGAAAAAGCUAACCAUAUUGGCAAAGUAGUUGUUAAUAUGCCUGACAAAGAAAACACACUAUUUAGUGACCGGCGAAGUUAUCUCAUAACUGGAGGAUGUGGCGGAAUUGGGUGGGAAUUGAUGAAAUGGAUGUUACUGAAUGGUGCAAAUCGGAUUGUCCUGAUGAGUAGAAAUAUUCCAAGCUUGGAACGUCAGACCGAGAUCAGUGAUCUUGAAAAUCGCGGCUACAACAUCGUUUGGAGAUGUGGCGACGUAAGUAGGCUGUCUGACUGUGAAUCUAUAUUUUCCUGGAUAAAGGAGCAAUUCCCCCAAGCACCACUUAGAGGGAUAUUCCAUUGCGCUGGAGUACUCUCUGAUGCCACUUUCCUCAAUCAGACAAAGGAAUCAUUGGACAAAGUUAUAAACCCAAAAUUCCAUGGAGGUUGGAAUCUUCACGAACUUUCUAAACAGUUAAAUUUGCAGUACUUUGUACUCUUUUCUUCGAUUACUUCACUAAUCGGAACCCCUGGGCUGGGGAAUUAUGCAGCCGCUAAUGCAUUCUUAGACGCACUCUCCCAUUACCGAAACGCUUUAGGCCUUCCAGCUAUUUGUUUGAACUUUGGACAUUGGGCGGAAGUUGGGCUAGUUGCAGGACAACAUAUUUCCGGCCUUCACCCGAUGUCCACGAAGCAAGCUCUGGAUGCUUUAGAAAUUGCUUUAAAGUCAAAGUCCAAUCAACUUUGCCCAAUCAACUUUGCAAUAGAUUUUCCCAAAUUGGUGCAACGAAUUCCUUGGAUCGAAAAUUUUUUAGUAAAUAUUAAGGAAUCAGAGGGCAACCCUCAUCGCAAAACUGCAGAGUCAAAGAAAGUUAGUUUCUUCAGCUCUGAACUGUUUUGGGCUGCGAUAGAUGACUGCAAAGGCGAGACUGAUCGUAACAGCGUCGUUCGAACACAUAUGGAAAAAAUCUUAUCUUCGGUUCUUCAGCUAGAGGAUAACAAUAGGAUCAAUCGUAAAUUUUCUGAGCUGGGAUUGGAUUCAUUAAUGAUGAUUGAGGUCAAGAAUCACACAUCCACCUUGCUUGGCGAAGAUGUGCAGAUGAAUAUUAACGAGCUUUCUGGGAGCGAGGAUCUUGAGGGUUUAGUUAAAUACAUCUCCAAGCUUGUUCAAAUUAAAUCCGCUCCAAAUCAAGCUGGAAUCUGA